AUGAGCAGGCUGAAGAAGCUGGGGAGGCUUGGUGCCGGCGUGCAGGAAGCUGCGGACACACUCUUGAUGAUGGAUAGUAUUGGGGGUGAUGAAAUCGAAUUUUGGAUUGGGAGGUUUUGGAAAAUGAGAAAGGAUGAUAAGACGGGAUGCGUUACAGCGUAUAAGAAGUCACUUGGGAAUGUUCAAAAUUAUCAGAUUGAUUUCCGAGUCAUAGCCACGAUGUCACCUUACUCACACACCUUAAGAAGCUUUUCUGCUAUCAAGUCAAAUGGAGCUAUAAUUUUACAGAUAGGGUUUGAAGAUAUACAUCGAAAGAUUUUUAUUGCUAAUAUCCAUCUAACAUCUACGAGCCCAGAAGCUCGAGGUUCACAGAUAUUCUUUCUGUGCCAAGAGCUCAAACAGUUGAAGGAUAAUGGUUUUUUGAAAGAAGAAGAUGGGCUAAUUAUUUGUGGAGACUUCAAUUCAGUUCCAGAGAGUUCAAUAUAUAAGGCCAUGACUACAAAACUUCUACAUCUCACUGGAGACUUACAUGAGCUCCAAAAGGUGUUCAACAACUUGCAGUAUCUUGAUUUAUCUUUCCUGGCUCUUCCUGACAUGCGCUCAGCGUAUGCUACUGCUUAUGAAUCCAAUUAUCCACUUUUUCAUUCCUCAAUGAGAUGAAUGUUCUCCUCAACCAAAGAGCCAAAGUUCACGAAAUAUAAUGCGGACGGAAGUGCAUCCUACACGUAUGACUACAUUUUUACUCGGUUUAUGCCUUGGAAGUUGCUUCAGUGCUAACAUUGGUGGGAAACCCCGACAUACCAUCGCCGCGUGUGCCUUCAGAUCACUAUGAGUUAGCCGCUUCUUUUGAAGUUAAAACCUAAUUAGGUAAUGAUUAGAAAAGGUAAAGAGACUUUGCCUCCUACACAAGGAGGUAGGAAAAGGAGCUAUCUUACUUGGAAUUCACAAAUGGACAUGAUACUGACGACCGUGUUUUACAAGCAACUAAACCAAGGCAAUAAAGGUGGAGGGGGAUUGGAAGCCUCAAGCUUAUCAAGCUGUUGUUGAUGAGUUAAAAUCCAAAUUGGGUUUGUCUAUCACAGUGGAUCAUGUAAGGAAUAUGGUAAAACUUUGGAAGAAACACUAUGCCAUCAUCACUGAAAUACGGACAAAAACCAAGUUCAGAUAGGACGAUGAUAAGAAAAUGGUAGUAAUUACCAUUGAGGACUUGGUAGAUUGGACCAAGUAUUGUGAGGUAAAUUCAGAUGCCAAGGUAUAUCAAAACAAAUCUAUUGAGAACUGGGAUGAUAUAUGUAUGUUAGUGGGCACCGAUAGAGCAACUGGCAAGGGUGCAUGGCAAAUUGAUGAUUCUAUUGCAACUAUGGAUAUGGAAGAUGCGAAUGAAGGGGAGAUCUCUAGCAGAGAGGAAUUAUGGAGAUGCGGUGCUGCUGAACAUUCAGAAACUAAAAGCCUGGAAUAGUCAUCAACAUUCACAUGUUUCAUGACAUUGACGACAGUUUCAUUGAAAUGUUGAAUGUUACUGAAAUGGCUAAGUUGAUGUGUUGGAUAUUUGUAAACUUUGAACUACUAUGGCCUUCUAUUAUCUUGUUUCCAGCACUUAUACGCAUGUUAAGUUUAUUUUAGACAUCUUGUUUAUGCUAGUUAUGAAGCGGUCAUAUACUCAGCUAGAGUUCAGUUAGUAUUAUCCAGUGCUAUUUCUUCGAUCUCAA